AUGGACGAGGCUCGUAAACAGGACAACAAGAUUAGUGGUGGCUGGAUUGACAAGGCUCUAAACCAGGACAAGAUUAGAGGAAACUGGAUUGACGAGGGUCGAAAACAGGACAAGAUUAAUGGCGGCUGGAUUAACGAGGAUCACAUCCUGCCCGUGACCACACCACCACGACAUCUCCAAAACGGACGUUUGGAAGUUGUAGUGAGAGGACGGUUAACGGAUGACGAAGGACGGUUAAUUGAUGACGAAGGACGGUUAACGGAUGACGAAGAACGUUUAACGGAUGACGAAGAACGGUUAACGGAUGACGAAGAACGGUUAAUUGAUGACGAAGGACGGUUAACGGAUGACAAAGAACGGUUAAUGGAUUACGAAGGACGGUUAACGGAUGACGAAGGACGGUUAACGGAUGACGAAGAACGGUUAAUGGAUGACGAAGGACGGUUAACGGAUGACGAAGGACGGUUAACGGAUGACGAAGGACGGUUAAUGGAUGACGAAGGACGGUUAACGGAUGACGAAGAACGGUUAAUUGAUGACAGAAGACGGCUAAUGGAUAAUGGAGACGGGUGGCAGAUAACGGCUUAA